AGUUUUGAACAGUCAUCAUGUCAUCCUUUUUUACCAAGGCAAGUUAUGGUGGCUUGUGAAACUGCUUAUUCUCUCUCACUUCAUCUACUAGUGUCUUUCUAUGUAUCUCAUGACUGUUGCCCCUCCUAUCUGUCGCUCUGUCUCUGUCUCUCUCUUCCUCCCUACAGCAUAUUGUGUUUGACUGACAUAAACGACACUGGUUCUGGCGACUUUGGGCUGGCCCUGGAGAAUCCGUGUGACCUGGAUCAAGUUAUAACCCCUGACCUCCAGAGAGUGUUCCUCCCUGUGGUCUACGGCUUCAUCUUUGUCCUGGGCAUCACUGGGAACGGCCUGGUGUUGAUGGUGCUUGGCUGCAAGCGCAGGUCAAAAUUGAGUCUGACAGACCGCUACCGGCUGCACCUCUCUGCUGCCGAUCUUCUCUUUGUGCUGACGCUCCCGUUCUGGGCAGCGGAUGCCGCACUGACGGACUGGCGUUUCGGAUUAGGCAACUGUGUGGCCGUGCACGUCAUCUACACAGUGUACCUGUAUGGGAGUGUGCUCAUCCUGGCCUUCAUCAGUCUGGACCGCUACCUAGCCGUGGUCAAAGCAACAGACGCGCACACCUCACGCACGAGACAGCUACUGGCACGGAGACUGGUGUUUGUAGGAGCCUGGUCGCCUGCGGCUCUCUUGGCCGUGUCAGACAUAGUGUUUGCCAGGACUUGGGAAGCAGGAUAUGGGACGAUUGUGUGUCAGCGCUUAUACCCAGCUGACAACGCUCCUCUCUGGGUGUCAGUGUUCCACCUGCAGCUGGUGGUAUUAGAGGAGAGCAACAACCUGCUGUACAUAUCAACCCUGAGGACGACCAUCCCCUCCACCCUGCAGAUUUCCAAGAUGGAAGAGCAGUCCAAGACUUACUAUGCCACACUGAAAUAA